UUUUUCAUUUGGCUGACUAGCGAGUAGAAGAGUAGUUGUUUAUUAUUUUGAUUAAUGUUUAUCUGAAUUUUUUCGAGAAAACUUCAAAAUGGAAGAGCAUUCUAGACAAUCAUGCCCAACAAUAGAUAUUUUAGAAAAGGGUCUGUAUUUUAAUUCAAAUUCAAACACAGAAGUGAAAGAAAAAAUAGCUGAAUUUUCCAACUUUCUGAAUAGUGUAGGUCGCAUUUCUUUAAUAAAUGCUGAUGAGGAAAUCACUCAUGAAUUCGUAUUUCUACUAUUAACUUUGAAGAAAAAUAUCAAGCAAACACUGUCUGAGCUUGGGAAAUCACGCAAGAGACAAGUUGUUUUUUGUGAGUGUAGUGAAUGUAACCAAGAAAUACCCAUUGAAUUUGGGAGCGAUAUCUGGUCUACGUUACAAAAUCACGAACACUUUGAGGAGCGUUUUCACAAAUUUUUAAGUGGAAGUCUUGAAUCAGUACCUCUUGGAGUAGAAACGAAUAGAAACGUUGAAGCGGUUCCUAGCACGAGCAACGCUUGCGAUGAUGUUAAGAUUAAUGACAAAACAGACAGCAAGAUUGACCAGUGUGAAGUAUUAGAUGAAGAGGACGUGUCCAUUCAAAAUGUAACCGUUUCUUCUGAAGAAGAUGACUAUGGAACAAAUGAUUUCACAUUCAGUUUCAAACCACCAUAUGACCCAGAAGUUGAAAUGAAAUUAUAUCCUGACUCUAUAAUGAAAGCCGUUCGAAGAUUAGAUAAAGUUCCAGGAUAUAGUAUUCAAAGGUCAGGCCCGAGUAGAGGUGUUUGUCUCAUAUGUUGCUGCGAUUUGAUGACGCGAAGUAGAUUUUCAAAAACUGCUAUACUAGAUCACGUUAUGGGUCAGAGGCACAUGAAGUUUUCCGCGACUCCUGAAUGCUUGAGAAUUCUGGAGGCUUACCACGAGGCUUUCACAAAUCACGAUCCCCCCUCUCAGGCACACCAAGUAUACUUUAGACCAGAUACAAGUCACAGGGUUAUGUGCAUUUUGUGCAAUAAGUCUAUCCUAUGUAGCAUGGUUACCGAUCAUCUUCUUACCAACAAACAUAGAUUGCAAGUUGUAGAUUUAUAUAAGAAGAACUUAAAUAUAUGUUAUCUUACUAACCUGCAAGUGCAGGUAUAUGGAAUUGUAGAGGAGCCAGAUACUAGAAAACAGGAAGUUACAGCAAGUGCAUUGGUCAAUGGAAAAGCCACUGAGAAACCAAAAAAAAAUUCUGAUGAGAAACAUGGUGCUCGUAAAAAGGAGAAAAAAGACACUGUCCAAAGUCCUUCAUCUGAUAAUAAGGAAUCCCAACAUCUUAUUGUGAAAUCUGUUGAAAACCAAAAGAGCAAAAAUGUGGCUGAUUGGAUUCCGCACCGAUACAGAGAGCAUCUCCAGUUUUUCAAAGAAAACGGAAAUAUCCUGAGCUGCCAACCUUGCAAGGUGAACCUGGCGAAAGAUUCGGAAAUGUUGAAAAAACACAUCAGAUUGAGCAGUCAUCAAGGAUUGUCAAAGCUUUUGGUUCGGUAUACGUUCUAUUGUGAAAUUUGCAAUGUUAAAUUUACUGACGAAGUUGCUUGGAAUAAACACUUCACAGAAGGUCCUAACAGGCAUGUCCUCAUGGCAGAAAGUCGUAAAAGUAAGGUAACGGAAUAUGAAUGCACAAAGUGUCUUAUGGUCAUAUUUGGCGAUGAACUUUCCUUGGCACGGCAUAUUUCAGACAGAUCAAGAAAAGACAAGAAGAAUGAAAAGAAAGAACCACAGCUCCCUGAACAAGUCAAGAGAAUGUUCAAGUCAGUGGAAAAUAUUGAGGCUGAAAGUAUGAAGCUACUUGAUGAAGCUAAUAACAGUUUGAAUGGCAAACAGUUGACACAGGAAUGUUGUACCAGUCUGGAAAAGGCCCUCAGUUCAGUUUUUCCGGGGUGUCAUGUUCAUCCUUUUGGUUCUAGAAUUUCAGGCUUGGGAAAUGAGCACAGCGAUCUGGAUGUAUUUGUUGACACAGGCGACAUGUUCUUGGGUGACAAGAACCAAGACCCAUUGGCACAAGUACAGCUUGUCAGGAAAGCUGCGGCCGCUUUGACCAAGCUGAGGGAGGAAUUUCAAGAGGUGUGCCAAGUUCCAACGGCUCGAACACCGAUUGUCAAACUGUAUCAUAGGAAAGCUAGGAUAGAGUGUGAUCUGUCUUUCCGGCACGGAUUGAGUGUUGAAAAUACGAAAUUUAUCAGGUUUUGCAUAGACAUUCAACCAAUUACGCAACCGUUCAUUUUGAUGUUGAAAAAGUGGUCAUUCUACAAUAACCUACAAGAGCACAUAACGACAUAUGCUCUAGCUCUCUUGGCUAUAUUCUACCUUCAAAUCAACAAUUAUCUACUCUCCGUCAAGAAAAUCAAAGAAUUGAAUCCUGCUGAAGCUCAAACCAUUAAUGGGUGGGAAACUAUCAACUACAAAAUGCCGGUACAUCAAAUUAAAAAUCACGUUUCACGUUAUGAGCAUUCUAUUUCCAGACUUCUCAAAGAUUUUUUCGACUAUUACUCCAAAUUUGAUUAUGAAAAGCAGGUCGUUUGCCCUCUGCUAGGAUAUACCAUCAACAAGAAUCUGUUUGAAGGCAAAGGCGAAAGACUUCCACCUGUGAUGCACACCUACGUUCAGCAGCUGAGUAGCAAGGAGCCUGAACAGUUCCGUAUAAAUUCCUUGUUCUGUGUUCAAGAUCCCUUCGAUCUCAGUCACAACCUAACAAAGGCCUGCCAGCAGGGAAUUGUAGCUAAAUUUAAGAAUAUGUGUGGUUUAUCUUGGAGGCAUCUUAGUUCCCUGACGUGAUUUGUUUAAAUUUUCCCAAUAUUUUAUUACUUCAUGUUUGUGACAGAUUGCUCUUUUAUUUUUAUUAAUGCAGUGAUGACUUUGGUGUCUUGAUACGUUAUUAUAAAUUUUAACAUUU